AUGCUCGCCGUCCAGCAGCCUCCCAGGAUGGGUUCUUCGCACCCCGAUUCAGAUCCUUUCCUACCUUUUGGAUACUCGAUGGACCAGAACCAAGAUGGUCUCCUCGACGCCCCCGACCCUGCCGGUGCGCCGCUCCUCUCCGAAACGGACACCAAAUUUCUGAGCUCCUUCUUCGAGGACAUGUCGUCCGCCCAGUACAACAUGCCCUCGUUUGGCGAAGGCCUGCACUUUAGCGACGCCUGGUUCGACCUGCCUCCCCAGUUCAUGGGCACUGCGACGUCCUUUGGUCCUCAAGCAUCCGCCCUCCCCAACCCGGAUGCUUUUCUCGGCGAACACAUCGACUUUACCGGAGCCGUCAGCUCCGCGCCGCAGCUCAUGCGCCCCCCUUCGGUUCCCAUGAGCCAACCGCCACAAGCCCAGCACCGCCAAGUCUACCAGCAUCAACAACAUCAACAGCAGCAGCAGCAGCAUCGUCAUCACUCCGACGACGUCUUAACUGCUGCUGCCACCCUUCUCCAGAACAACAGUUCCAGCCCCCGCUCCAAUGGCAAGGGCAAGGAAGCGUCACCCGCGACCCGACGACCCCUCGGCCCGCCAAUGGGCCACCUUCGCCACCAGCCCAUGGACGAGUUCAAGGAAGAGAGCAAGCGGGACUUGGAAAACGAAGCCGACAACAACACAUUCACUGACUGGAUGUUUGGCUCCAAGGAUCGCCACGGUUCCCGCCCGGAGCAGGUUAACGAGCUUCACUGGGGGUCCGAUGCCAACUUUGGCAACGUUCAGGGCUACGUCCCGUCUCCCACCAAGGAGACGGCCGACGGACACCACAAGGUGCAAAUGCAGGUCCUCGGCUGCCUCAAGCCCAACAACAGCGUCCCCAACACCCGCUGCGGCAGCCCGAUCGUCGACCCCCAGCGUGUGGUCCCGCCGUCGCAGUCCGCGGGCCUGGCCGACGACGCCGACGCCGACGCCCCUCCUCGCAAGCGACGCAAGAGCAAGCUCCAGCGCGGCUUCGAUGACAACGACGACGACGACGAGUCCUCUGCUCCUUCGAGCUUCAAAAAGUCCAAGAGCCCGCACGGCAGCAGUAACGGCCUGCCGUCGCCACCCGCCGAGUCGUCAUCGUCCCGCCGUCGCAAGUCGGGCCUCGGCAAGGGUCCCCGCGAAAAUCUCAGCGAGCAGCAGAAGCGCUCAAAUCACAUUCGCAGCGAGCAGAAGCGCCGCACCCUCAUCAAGGAGGGCUUCGACGACUUGUGCGAGCUCGUCCCCGGCCUCAAGGGCGGCGGCUUCAGCAAGAGUACCAUGCUCACCAUGUCUGCCGAGUGGCUCGAGCAGCUCCUCCAGGGCAAUCAGACCCUGUCCGCACAACUCCAGGGCAUGGGCCAAUAA